AUGCAGUUGGAGUAUUUGGCCGACUAUCUAGCAGAGUUAUCACUUAUAGAGUAUGAUAUGCUUAAGCACACCUCGUCACUAAUAGCUGCAUCAGCUGCCUUCUUGGCUAAAUAUAUACUACUUCCUAGCGAGAAACCUGGGAAUUCCAUGCUAAGGCAUUAUUACACAGGCUAUCAAGAAUCAGAAUUGCGUGAGUGUGUUAAGGGACUGCAUCUGUUGUACUGCAAUGGCUAUCAUAAUUCACCUUCCAUUACUGCUAUCAGAGAGAAAUACAGUGAGCAUAAGUUCAAGUUUGUGGCAAAGAAGUAUUGUCCUCCAUCAAUACCAGUAGAAGUAUUUCACAACUGA